GCUCCUCUUCUAUCUGCUAAAUUUGGCUCUCGCGAUCCAGCAUUAAUUUUGCCACUACAAUGGGUUACUGCGGUAUACCGAGCAAAGCGUGUGAAAACUGCAGGAAAGCACAUAAAAAGUGUGACGAAAAGCACCCACAGUGUUCGCGUUGUCUGAAUCUGGGCAAGAUCUGUUCUGGUUACCGAGAUCAAUCAAGCCUAUUGUUUCGAGACGAAACGUCCAAGACAAAAGACAAGAUCCGGCAGCGUAAGAGAUUGAAACAUGGUCGAGAAACCCAUUGUUUGAAGAAUGCGGAUUCGUCGGUUAUGGAGACAUCUUCUACGAAGUACGGGGCUCCACAUCCUCCAUUGCUCCCCUCAAAGGAAGAGAUCGCGAUAUGUCACUUUUAUCACUCUACAGUCGAGAACCUAUCGAUCCAUGAUCCAACGCUUUCCCUCCAGGAGCAGCUACCGCGCCUCCAUGCUGAAUGUAGGCAGGAUUCGGCUUUGAACUUGGCAUUGGAGGCAGUGUCGCUUGUCGCUUCUGCGGAAAUCAUACCCCAUGCUACCCAGCUGGGCUUGAAUCGAUACCUCAAAGCCGUUCGAGCCCUGAAGGAAGCAAUACAGACUGAGCACCUAGGCUCAAAUCACCAGGCGUUGUAUGGUGUUCUGCUCCUUUGUGGCUAUGAGACGAUGACUGGCCAUUCGUCUAUGCCUUCGGCAUGGGGGGCUCAUGUGGAUGGGGCUCUGGCUCUUUUGAAGCUUCGGGCAAAUCAUCUUGACUCUCCCUUCUCACGCAGUAUCUAUUUCUUUAUUUUGAAAAACGUGGUUAUGAGUCAGAUGCAAAUCUGCGAACCUGUCGAUGAGCUCUUCACUCAAGGGCAUUACUCUUCAUGUCAAGACCCAGAGAUCCGCCUGCUUUCAAUAGCAGCUGGCAUACCACGACUUCAACACCAAAGCAUCAGUCUUGCGCAACUCGGGACGACUGAGAUAGAAAGAAUAAUCCACAAUGCUAACGCGUUGGAAUUUCAACUUUCCACUUGGGCAAAAGGUCUCCCACAUGCUUGGUCCUACGUCACUGCACUGAAUAUCAAUAGUGAUGCACGCUCAGAAUAUGCUCCGCCAAGCGUCCACAGAUAUGCUCACUUUUAUACGGCUCGCGUAUGGAACUUCUACCGUGUCUCGCAGCUUAUACUGCUUUCGAUUCGACUCCGCGCUUUCUCUGCUUUGUCAUCAUCAUUAGAUACCCGUAAGAUCGCAAAAAGAAUGGCUGCAUUAGUGGAUGAUAUAUGCGCAACUGUGCCUUAUCUUCUGGGCAACGAUCUCUGCAAGAUGAACCUCCAGUUCGUCACCAACCACAGGAGGCAAGAAGACUCUUUGCUGACCUCAUAUUCUACUGUUAAAAGAGCCGGGAAUGUACAAACUGGAAAAUUCUCUCUCGUAUGGCCCUUAUAUGUCGCCCGCAGCGCCUCGGAAGUACCUCAAGGACAGAAGGAUUGGAUACGCAAACAGCUUCAAUGUCUUGCACAAGACGGUGUUCCUAUUGCUCAAACAGUCUGCAACGCGGAGAGUCAGAUACUCUUUGGAAGGCCUGAAGUAUUUCGCUUUGAUUGCGUAUGA